GAUAUUACCGGAGUGCGGUGCGGGCGGCCGGGCUGCAGUCGGGGCUGGCGAGCGGCCGGCCUGGUGCGGGAGCCGGGUAGCGGCGCGGAGGAGGGGGUGGAAGAGAAGGAGGAGGAGAAAGACAGCCGGGAGGGAGGGAGCGCCGAGCCAGAGACUAGCAGAGCAAAUUCUCCACCGUCCUCUAGCACCCACCAAGCGGCGGCAGCGGCAGUGUCUAGAAAUAUAUAGCUAGAAAUAUAAAAUCACCCCGCUCCUGCACCAUGGUUUUCCAAAGUAGGCUCCCUUCUUGGAUUAUUUUGUGCUCCAUCUGGCUGUUCCGCUUUGCACACACGGGGGAAGCACAGGCUGCAAAAGAAGUAAUAUUGCUGGACUCUAAAGCACAACAGACAGAGUUGGAAUGGAUUUCCUCUCCUCCCAAUGGGUGGGAAGAAAUUAGUGGACUGGAUGAAAACUACACUCCUAUACGAACAUACCAGGUAUGCCAGGUGAUGGAAUCAAACCAAAACAACUGGCUGCGGACUAACUGGAUUGCAAAAAGCAAUGCACAAAGGAUUUUUGUAGAACUGAAAUUCACUCUGAGGGAUUGUAACAGUCUUCCUGGAGUUCUGGGGACUUGUAAAGAAACUUUUAACUUGUAUUAUUAUGAAACAGACUACGACACUGGCAGGAAUAUCCGAGAAAACCAAUAUGUAAAAAUAGACACUAUUGCAGCAGAUGAAAGUUUUACCCAGGGUGAUCUGGGGGAGAGAAAAAUGAAACUUAACACAGAGGUCAGAGAAAUUGGACCUUUGUCCAAAAAAGGAUUCUAUCUUGCAUUUCAGGAUGUAGGGGCCUGCAUUGCUUUGGUCUCUGUCAAAGUCUACUACAAGAAGUGCUGGUCCAUCAUUGAGAACUUAGCUAUUUUUCCUGACACAGUGACUGGCUCAGAGUUUUCCUCCUUAGUUGAAGUGCGAGGAACUUGUGUCAGCAGUGCAGAAGAGGAGGCGGAGAACUCUCCGAAGAUGCACUGCAGCGCAGAAGGAGAAUGGUUAGUGCCUAUUGGAAAAUGUAUCUGCAAAGCGGGAUACCAGCAAAAAGGAGACACGUGUGAACCUUGUGGCCGUGGGUUCUACAAAUCCUCUUCACAAGAUCUGCAGUGCUCCCGCUGCCCUACUCACAGCUUCUCUGACAAGGAAGGAUCUUCAAGAUGUGAUUGUGAAGAUAGCUAUUAUAGAGCACCUUCUGAUCCACCAUAUGUCGCAUGCACAAGACCUCCAUCUGCACCACAGAACCUCAUUUUCAAUAUCAACCAGACUACCGUGAGUUUGGAGUGGAGUCCUCCUGCUGACAACGGGGGAAGAAAUGAUGUAACCUACCGCAUUUUGUGCAAGAGGUGCAGCUGGGAGCAGGGCGAAUGUGUUCCCUGUGGGAGUAACAUUGGAUAUAUGCCCCAGCAAACUGGAUUAGUAGAUAACUAUGUCACUGUCAUGGACCUGCUAGCUCACGCUAACUACACGUUUGAAGUUGAAGCUGUAAACGGGGUUUCUGACUUGAGUCGUUCCCAGAGGCUUUUUGCAGCUGUCAGUGUUACCACCGGUCAAGCAGCUCCCUCGCAGGUUAGUGGAGUAAUGAAAGAGCGAGUGCUGCAAAGGAGCGUGGAGCUUUCCUGGCAGGAACCAGAACAUCCCAAUGGAGUCAUUACUGAAUAUGAAAUCAAGUAUUAUGAGAAAGAUCAAAGAGAAAGGACCUAUUCAACAGUGAAAACCAAGUCCACUUCAGCUUCUAUUAAUAACCUAAAGCCAGGAACAGUGUAUGUUUUCCAGAUUCGUGCUUUUACUGCUGCUGGUUAUGGAAAUUACAGCCCCAGACUGGAUGUUGCCACACUUGAAGAAGCCACAGCCACAGCUGUUUCCAGUGAACAGAAUCCUGUUAUUAUCAUAGCUGUGGUUGCUGUGGCAGGAACCAUCAUUCUGGUCUUCAUGGUGUUUGGAUUCAUCAUUGGGAGAAGGCAUUGUGGCUAUAGCAAAGCUGAUCAAGAAGGGGAUGAAGAACUUUACUUUCAUUUUAAAUUUCCAGGCACCAAAACCUACAUCGACCCUGAAACCUAUGAGGACCCAAAUAGAGCUGUCCAUCAAUUCGCCAAGGAGCUAGAUGCCUCUUGUAUUAAAAUUGAGCGCGUGAUUGGUGCAGGAGAGUUUGGUGAAGUGUGCAGUGGGCGUCUAAAGCUUCCUGGCAAGAGAGACGUUGCAGUAGCCAUAAAAACUCUGAAAGUUGGCUACACUGAAAAGCAAAGGAGAGAUUUCCUGUGUGAAGCUAGCAUCAUGGGACAGUUUGACCACCCCAAUGUUGUUCACUUAGAAGGGGUUGUUACCAGAGGCAAACCAGUCAUGAUUGUAAUAGAAUACAUGGAGAAUGGGGCCUUAGAUGCAUUUCUUAGGAAACAUGAUGGGCAAUUUACAGUCAUUCAGCUAGUGGGGAUGUUGAGAGGAAUUGCUGCUGGAAUGAGAUAUUUGGCCGAUAUGGGAUAUGUACACAGGGAUCUUGCAGCACGCAAUAUUCUUGUCAACAGCAACCUUGUUUGUAAAGUAUCAGACUUUGGCCUUUCCAGAGUUAUAGAAGAUGAUCCAGAGGCUGUCUACACUACUACCGGUGGAAAAAUUCCAGUGAGAUGGACAGCUCCAGAAGCCAUCCAGUACCGCAAAUUUACUUCAGCCAGUGAUGUGUGGAGUUAUGGAAUAGUUAUGUGGGAAGUAAUGUCUUAUGGAGAACGACCUUACUGGGACAUGUCAAAUCAAGAUGUUAUAAAAGCAAUCGAAGAAGGCUAUCGUUUGCCAGCACCCAUGGAUUGCCCAGCAGGACUGCACCAGCUGAUGCUGGAUUGUUGGCAGAAGGAACGCGGUGAAAGGCCAAAGUUUGAGCAGAUAGUUGGUAUUCUGGACAAAAUGAUAAGAAACCCAAACAGCUUGAAAACCCCAAUGGGAACCUGUAGCAGACCAAUUAGCCCUCUUCUGGACCAGAACACUCCCGAUUUUACCACUUUCUGCUCCGUAGGCGAAUGGUUACAAGCUAUUAAGAUGGAAAGAUAUAAGGAUAAUUUCACAGCAGCAGGCUACAACUCUCUUGAAUCAGUUGCCAGGAUGACUAUUGAGGAUGUGAUGAGUUUAGGGAUCACGUUGGUUGGUCAUCAAAAGAAAAUCAUGAGCAGCAUUCAGACUAUGAGAGCACAAAUGCUACAUUUACACGGCACUGGCAUCCAAGUGUGAUAGACAUUUCUCCCUUAUGAGGGAGGUGACAGACUGAGAGAACAGCACUGGCCUUCAGUAUAUAUGAAGUGCUGCUAGAAGACACUUGAUUUCCUGGGUCCUUCCUGCAGUGAAUAGAAGAGCUACAAGAAGCACCUACAGACUUGAACUCCUAAGUGCCACCAGAAUUUAUGAAAAGGGAAUUAGGAUCCACCAGUGGUGGCAAGGAAAACAGCAGUGACAAUAAACAAAGUACUACCUGAAUAAACAUACAAACACCUUGAGCUCUCUAACCUCCUUUUUAUCUAAUAGACUUUUUAAAUGUACAUAAAAAUUUAAAAAAGAAUAUAUUUGUCAGAUAAAAUCAUGAUAUUAUUGUUGAAUUCAACAAAAUAUUUUCCUUAAAUCUGUGAUUUCUGAAUCUUUUUUUAAUCAUAUGUGUUUAUUCUUCAUAAAGACAUUCUUUUAGUAUGAUGUUUAUAUCUUUGGACCUUUUUAGUGCUAAUUCUAUGACACAUUACUACACUGGGUACCUCUGAAGGAUUAUCUGAGUUCCUAGAGAUUUAAGAAGCAUGACCAAGCAAUGUAUAUCUGUCCGAACUUUGGUAUCCUUUUGUGCCAUUUACUUUUGUUAAAUCAACACUAUAUCGACAUGGCUAGCUAAUUGGCAGGGAGUCAGGAAAAUGCAAGUUGCCAAGAGCUCUGAUAUUUUUUAAAGAAUUUUUUAAGGUUACACAUAUACUAUCUUUUAAAAGAAAAUAAAAGCGAAAAGAAAAAAAAAAAUAAAAAAAAAAGAAAAAAGAAAAAAGAAAAGCAAUAAUGACCCCUAAGUAGUUCUAGGCACUUUUAGCAAAUUGUUUGCAAGAUGAUUUUAAUGGACUAGAGUGAAAGUGAGAUAUAUUCUAAGAUGUAGAUCUACAACUGUAAACCUGCUGAGACACUGCGUUGAAUGGACAAGUGAUUGUAGGAGUGUCUCAGAGCACGGGUGCAGUUCUCCAGUGUUACCUAAACCAUUUAAUCUGAGCACAUCACAUUUUUUUUUCUAUACUCUGCAUUAGCAAAUCUGAGAGAAAUAGCUGGAGUAUAUUUUAUAUGAGUUUAAGCUGAAUGCGGUCCAGCUGUCAGAAUAAGGACAUAGAUUUUAUAUGAGAACUGUAGAGCAUGAGGCAAGGGGCAGUUCAAAAUUUUCAAGUUUUUUACAAGCUUUUGCUGCUCUGACCAAACAUAGGUGUGUGUGUUCACACAGACACAGCAGUCAUUCGUCAGGAACACAAAUGCAAGAGUAGUUGCUCAACAGAAUAUCUUUUUACACCAUUUACUUAUAUAUAUGAAUUUUGUUUGAUUAAAAUAUAGAACUACCAUAAGCAAUAAUGGAUGAUGUCUUUAGAGAUAUUGCAGGAAUGUAUAUGAACCAGAGAGAAAUGCUUUAAAAAAAUCUGAAAAUUCUGAACUACCCCAGCAAUGAAAUGCUGUACUUCCAAAGAGAAUUAGGCUGCUUCUAUUGAUUUUAAUAGAGAAAGAUCCCAGGGAUCAGUCAUAAAUUGGUCUUGUUUGAUAAUGUGGGCAUCCACACAAAAAAAAGAAAAACAAAAGAAAAAACCCUGUAAAUGUUCCUUUGUAAAACUUGUAAAUUUUAUUUAUACUGUCUUGUUUUGUACACACAUUUAUGUGUAGUGAGCUCUGAAUACAUUGAAAAUGCACUAUAUUUUUCUAUUUUACUUGCAGAGCAUCACAAACAUGUAUAUUCAGUGCUACAUAAUGUGUUUUCCCACAUUUAGGACCAAAGAUAGUUAUUAAAAACUUAAAUGCAUCAUUUUCCCUCUCCUUUUUUUCUGCCCCUUUUUAGAUCACUGUACAGUGUUAUAUUUGUCAUUUUAUUUAUUUGUUUCAGUAGAAAAAGGUUUGGUUAUACUAAUUUUUUGUCCCUUCCCGCCUUUGUUGAAGAAAAUCUGUAAAAAGCUUUUAAUUAGCAUAAUCCCGUUACAUAGACACUUCCAUUUGUAAUCUUUGUAAUAGACUGUAAAUAUAUUUUUGGAACUAUAAUGCAAUGUGCAUAAGGGUUAUUUUUCAGUGUCCAUAUAUGAUUGUUUAUACAAUUCACAGCACUUUACAGUCAUGCUGAGAACCCUAAUUUAUUGCCUGGAUUUGGGCAGAGUAAGAAAAAAGGUGGAUAUUCUUAUUUCAUAUUAGAUUGUCAUUCAGUAGAAAUUGAGUUAUUUUCAUGUAUGCAGCUCAAGAUGUUUUUUUAACUAUUAAAAUAAAUUUUCUAGAAAUGCUGUAGAAGUAAGACACAGAGUAGACUGCAUGCCCAAUAUUGAAAUUAGUGCACGCAAGCACUCGGCCAAGGCACUUCAAGUAGCCGUUGGAACACACUUAAUUAAUCAACAUCCAUUUUGUGUUAUGACAAAAGCUAAGUGCCUCACUGCUGGGGUGAGUAUCAGGGUGCUUGUCAGUUUUGCUACUGCUUUAAGCAGUCUAAGUUCAGAUACCUGCUUCCUUAUGAAUCUUGGCUAUUGUUUCCAAGGGCUCGGUGAAUAAAGGUGCGAUGCAGCAAUGCUGGUAUUGCUGAGAACCCAUGAACCCUAAAUGCAAGAGAGUUCAGGCCAGGCUUCACCUUUAGGACUUGUUCAAUAUUCUGAAGCACAGAGGCCUCGAAGCACGUGUGGUGACCUGGGCUCACACAUGUAAAAAUGAGGGCCCUAAUGGUAUUUCUUCCUUAUUUUUCCUUGUUUGAUUUGAGCCAUCUUCUUUGAAUAUUAAAUAUAUUUAAGCAUUCAUCUAUAUACCUUGACUGCCUUAAUGUUGCCACAGAUUUUUACACAUUUGAAAGUGGUAGAGUAGACCCAGAAAGCACAAUUGCUAUUCAAUACUCCAAUCGUAGCUAUCUGUUCAGAACAUUACUGCAAUUUAGAGCACAUGCAUGUAAAUGGAUUUGUAACUGGUAAAGCAGCAACAUAUUGAUGUUGGUUGCAGUUCCACAGGUUCCAGGAAAACAUAGCCCAGUGACAGAAAAAUAGAAGGCCAGAGAAAGUUGGUGUUCGUGGGAGGAACUAAAGAAAAAGUUGGGUCAGAGGGAGGAUUGAAGGCUAAAUGAUGAAAAAAAAAAAUCAUCUCAGUUCUGGCCUAAUUUCAUUGGAUUUGGAAAUUGUCAUCUCUAAAAGACAGAUUAGCAGACUGUCAGUGAGGCUGAUCUGCCUUGAUUUUAUUCAUCUAUAAGCAUUUAAAAGAGAGAGGUCUAAGACAAGCAGGAUGAAUCUCCCUCUGGCAAUGCAUAUCUCUGUUUCCUGUAGAGGGAACCCAGAUGAUUAGCUUAAAAUAGGCGUCUAAUGUCUAGAUAGUUGCAGUUAGGUGAGGUGAUUCCUACCCUAUAUGUCCUUAGGUGAUACAAUUUCCUCCACGAGCUGAGUGUCGUAGAAAGACAGAUCCUCCACUACUAGUAUGUCACAGAAUAUAUUUAAACUGGGCUUUAUCACAGAGAGAAGUGAUUUAUUUUUUUUUUAAUUCAGAGAUUGGUAACAUAUCAUCUAAAUGCUUUUUGUAUAUGGAUAUAAAUUCUUGAAAAAAAUUGUGAUUGUUCUGAGGAAGACCUGCCUAGUAAAUUACAGUUAUUUAGUAUUUUAAAUAAUCAGAAAUAUUUGCUGACAUACUGCUUCAGUCCAGAGGUUAUGUGAUCAGAUAUGAUAGUUGCUGUUUGCAAAACCAUGUUUAUCUAAAGCCUUGUCAUGUAAAAAUCUCCAGGAGGCAAAGAUGCUUAACUGUAUCUCAAAUUGAAUGUUGCCCUUAAUAUCUCAAUAACUGAGCUCUGUCUGUAUUAUUCUCCAUUUAAAAUGAGGUUUUUAUAUUUGUUUAAGCUGGAGUUAUCUGGCAUCCACUGAGGGAGUUUGAAACAAUGAUUUUAAAUUAAAUUUGCUUUUCUCCACUAAUAAUAAUACAUGUUAAAUAGUUUCCACUGUUUUGAAUGUUACAAAAUCUAUUGCUUUAAUGUGGGGGAUGAAGGGGGUUAUUUUUGGUUUGUUGUUGGUAUUUUUUUACAUUUAUUGGUUAGUAGUUGAAAUAAAAAAAUAAUAAUUUGUCCUUUCUAAAUCAUU